AUGGUAGAUGUUCAAGUAUUUUCCACAAAAGCCGAACUGCAAACCAAAAUUGGUAAUUUUAUUGCCGCAAAGGCUAAAGAAUCCGUUUCAGACCACGGUUAUUUUUCCAUAGCUUUUUCAGGCGGAAGUGUUGCAAGCAUUGCUCCAGCUGGCCUGUUGGAACAGUCUGAUCUAAAGAGCCUUCAUCUUGCAAAAUGGAAAAUCUAUUUCUGUGAUGAAAGAUACGUGGACUUAUCAGACCCAGACGGCAACUACGAUGCUGUGAACCAAAACUUCCUAUCAAAAGUUGAGGGGAUAAAAGCCGAAAAUGUCUUUACUAUUGAUCCUGCCUUGCCACUGGAAGAGGCCGCCAAAGAUUAUGAGACAAAAUUAAAGUCUUCUCUGGUUGAUGGAAGGAUUGAUUUACUUUUAAUUGGCAUGGGACCCGAUGGUCAUAUAUGCUCACUUUUUCCUGGCCACCCGAUUCUCGACGUCACAGAUAGGUUGGUCGCUGCAAUAUCGGAUUCGCCUAAACCACCACCCAGUCGGAUAACUUUAACUUACACGGCUGUCAAUGCUGCAAGGUGUGCCAUGUUUAUUGUAUCGGGUAGUGGGAAAGCUGAGGUUGCUCAGAAAGUGUUGGAAGGGAAUGAAGCAGCCUCAUUGCCAGCUGGAAGAGUCAAAUUGACCGAUGGUACAAUGCACUGGUUUAUGGACAAAGAUGCUGCAAGUCAGCUGAAGCAGUACAAAUAG